AUGAUAGAGUCACGUUUCCAUAUUGGAGAGAAUGAAAACACCACAACAGAAAAAAGGACUCCACAAAAGACUGCGAAUCGGAGAUUUGGUGUGAAGCUUUCGGCCAACAUAGCUAGCAAUAGCAAGGAUGGAGGGUCGACUCCGAAGAAAAUAGUGAGAGUUAGGCGAGCAGUGAGUAGCUCGAAAUCAAAAGAUAGGAAGACUAACAGUGUCAGUUCAUCGCCAUCAGAUGAAGUAGUUGUUUUCUCCCCUGGCCCAGUCGGCUUACAGCUAGAACCAAACCAGGAAGAUCCUUGUACGGGUUGUCGGAUAGUUCGAUUUGUGGAUGGUGGUCCGAAGAAUCCAGGGCAAGCCAGAAAAUCUGGAAAGCUGAAGCUCGGCGACCUAAUUACACAAGUCGAGGCAAAUGCAGUCGUUGGAUCCUCUUACGCUGAUAUUGUUGAGAUUCUUAAGGAUUCUUGCGCCACAAGAAGAGUAUCAUUCCGAUCAGUGUGGACUUCAGCUAUGCUUGACUAUCAUUCAAAGUCAAGCCGGGUGAAUACAAGCAAGCCGAACAAGAACCUAGAACGACCAUUGACUCCGAAUGCACACAAUUUAUCGGCGAAGCGAAAAAUCUCAACCCCCUUGGGAAAAUCACUCAAAUUUGAGACCCACUUACCGCCGCCUUUGCCCGGAUCUAAUAGCAACCGACAGCAGAAAGAGGAACUAGAUCAUGAUUCGAGAUUUGAUAUCACAUUGAUCCAAUCACCUUCACAUGCAGCUUUAUUGCCUCACGUCAGAACUCCUCCUUCACAUGCGGCACUAUGGUCUCAUGUUCAGAUUCCUUCAUCGCUUCCCAAAACUCAAAGACAGCAGCAUCCAGAAAACCAAGAUGGUCCGACGACUGUAGAAAUGGAAGAUAAUUUCGCAACGCAACCGCUAUUACCAUCGAUUACAAAAGGAUCAGUACCCAGGAAUUCGUCACGGCGGAACUCGAAUUUCCUGACACCCCCUAACAUUACUGGCGAAGGCCCCGCGCAAAAUGUUUCUGUUUUCAAAAUGCCACCAGGGUGGCAGCAAAAGAAACACCGUGAUGCAAAUGAUCCAAUAUUAUCCCCUUGCACUGCUGGUUCGAAGGAAACGAAGAUUUUGCCUCAAUUCUCUCCAUCAAGUGUUCGGAGAUUAUCUGUGGCAGAAAUAAGUAAUGGAAGCGCUGAAAAUACAAUUAUGUCUCGUGUGUUCGGGCGCCUGUGUCAAAGUGUACCACAGAUGGUGGCGAACUCAUCCGCAAUACACAAUUUAUGGCAGGAUCCUUCAACAGAUUCGAUACAGAAAAUUGCCAGUAUACAAUCCAUCGAUUUAUCAUCUAGUGAGAUGGAAGAGAUGGACGGCAUCAAGGCAAAGGUACUACAGGAACUCAAUUGCGCGAAGAUUGCAAAGGAUGUAGAAGAUAUCGCAACACAGGAACUAGAAGCAAUCCUGAAAGAGAAGAACGAGGAAUAUCAUUUGUUACACGUUGAUUUCAACGAAAAGCUUCAAAGUGCUAAGGCUCAACAUGCUAACACUGAAAAGGAACUGAAGGAGAUGUAUGCAAACAAAUGUAGAUGUCAACAAUCCAAAAUUUUGGAAUUAGAAUCAGAGAAUUUAAAGCUGAAAGAACGGCCACACAAUUCACGAGGGCAUCUACAACUCUCCACCGUUCAAGAGACGUUGCACCGUACAAUGGGUAAACUAGAAAGCAAGCGCAAUGAGGCAGAACAAUUGAAGCACCAAAAUGGACAGUAUCAAGAACGUAUUCGCUCGCUGCAGGUGGAGCUGGAGACAUUGCGAACAAACGAGAAGGGUCUGCUCUUGGAGUUAGAAAUGUCGAGAACCAUGACGAAAGAAAUGGAAAGGCGGGUGCUUGAUGUCGAGGCUUUGUCUGAGAAAUCAGUGGAAGCCUUGGAAGGGGAUCUUCUGGAAAAGGAAGAAAAGCUGAAUACAACCCAAUCACUUGUUUCCAAGCUGAAAGAAGAAGGUGAAAAUAUGUUUGCUCACAUGAACACUUUGGACGCUGGAGUGAAGGCUCUUCAAGACGAGAUUGAAGAAAUCAGGUGGGAACGGGAUCGCGCAAAGACAGAACUUGCUGAGUCCAAGAACGAAAUUGCGACCAUCCACGAAAAUCUUUUGCAUAAUCUCGAGAACGGAGCUAGCUGUCUCCAUGUAGAUUUUGUUGGUGGUGACACCGAAUGCAGUAACUUGGAGACUUCUUUGACUGUGACAGAAAAGAUGAAGGACAUGACCGCUCGGUAUCGAGUCUCUCGGUGCGCCAUGGCGGUCUUCAUGAUACGGGAAAAGAAUCUUGAAUAUCGAGGUGCCCAGCAUUUAGAACAAUUAGAACAGUUGGACGUAUUCAAUCAAGAGCUGUUGCUUGCUCUCCAAAAGUCACAGGAAAGGGUAAUAUUGAAAGAUGCUGCGCUUGAAAAUCGGACAAAGCAAUUGUUGGCUCUGAGACGAGAAAUGAAGACGGCCAUUCAUAGUGUCACACACAGUCAGAACAAAGAUCGAGAUGGACAUUUCAAGCAAUUGUUGAAGGUUGGAGUCUGCAUCGAUCAACAAUCAGUGACCACACACCAUCUGGUGUCAAUAAUGCGAAGAAACACAGAAGUACUACAGGUUUCUUUGUCUAAAAUGGAAUGGAAUCUGGCGCAGUGUACUUCACAACUCGAGCAAAAGAUUCAUCCGUAUCAAGUUGACCUCCAGGCUGCAAGGCAUUCUGAAAACGAACUGAAGACCAAGCUUGACGUUACAAUGGAGAAACUUGCUCGCACUUCAAUGAAGCUGAGAGUUGCGGAGCAAGAUAAAGCAGAUAUGAACGCAUCUCUUCAAGACUCCGAAGAAGCGUUGUCAGAGGCCGUCGAAGUUAUUAAGAAACUCGAAGAUGAUGUUGCGACAAAAGAUGCAAAACUAGCGUCCGCAGAGGCUAGAAUCAAUGCACUCAAAGAAAUUGAAGAUUUGGUUUCUUCAGAACAUAUAGGACUGUGCGAAAAUAUUUUGGUCCUUGAGGAAAGAUUGACAGAAUCAACUGAGAGCAUUUGCAAACUUCGUAGGACUUGUAACUCAUUCGAAUCUCAAAACGCCGCUCUCGAGGCAAAACUUAAAACAAUGACUAGUGUAUCAGAAGACAUGAAGAAGGUUGUGCUGGAGAAGGAAGAGCUGCAACAGAAGGCAAGCAUUCUAAAGGACCAGCUCAAAAUUUGCGAAGCAGAGCUGAGUGAAGCUCAAGCAAAUAACUCGUUGCUUGAAUCGGACUUUAUAGACUUGUUAAACAAAAGUGAGAAGCACCGAAGACAAGAAUCACCGAAAUUGGAGCGAACCAUUCAGCAGCUGCUUAUUGAGGUCUCAAGCGAGAGAGAUCUGCGUCAUGCUCUGGGAGAUCAGUUUCUGGAGACUACGCAGACACUUGAGUCUAUGGAGCAGAAGAACUCCGAGCUGCUGGUUAUUUUCCUUGCAUAUGUGGGUAUGAGCGACACCAAGAACCAGCUUCUUUUGCAUAGGAACAAAGCUCUGGAUGCGGCCAUCGAAGAGAAAACGGGAGAUAUCAGAGAACUGGAGCAAGAGGUGUCAUCAUCACAAGGCAAGAUUCAAAAGAUCCAAAGAGAGAGUCGAAGCCUUGAGAAAGAUCUAAUACAGCUUGAACGCACAAGGACUGCAGAGGCACACGGUUUAAAGCGUGAAAUUGAAACAUUGGAAUGCGCUCUUGAUUCUUCUAGGACCCAGCACCUUGCUACUAGAGCUAGUCUGCAACUUGCACAGGAUAUGCUUUCCAACGCAACAUCAGAAAGAGAUGAUUUACAGUCGCAGAUUUUAGAAGCUCAAAAUGGAGAAGAAGAUCGUCGCUUACGAUCAACGGUUAGAAAAGCACAGUUCAUGUAUUGUGCCUCCUUGGCUGCAAUGGAAGGUAUGAAACGACUUUCUUCGAAGACUGCAGAAGAUGUAGCGCUGAAGAACACCCAGAUUGGGUUGUUAGCGGACCAAAUGUCUAAGAUCGAAGAUGAACUGAAGUGCAUUGAAGGAAACUACGAACUCGAGAAUUGUCUCCUUCAGGAAAAUGUACAUGAACUUAGAAGAACAGUCUGCUCGCAAAUGGCUGCCUCCAUCUCAGAAUACUUUCGAUCUAGAAAGGACCACGCCAGGUCUGAUGACACAAAGACAACCAUUUCAGAGCUUCAGAGGCAGCUGGAUUGUACUCAAUCAAAGCUUUUUCUCACCGAAGCAGAUCUUCGUAGAUCGUUUUCAGCACACAAAAAUGAAAAUGAGGGGCUUAAAAUGAAGGCCCAAGCAUUUGAAGACAAAAUAAAAGACUUAGAAGAGCGACUUCGAUUUUGCCGAGAAGAAUGCGAUUUGAAGACAAGAGAAAUCCACUCACUACAGAGUUGUAUCGAUGAGGAUGAAGACAAAAUAUUUGGCAACCUAGAAACCUUCGAAGGGGAAAAGGAGCGAUUGUCAGCAACCAUUUUUGAGCUAGCAGAAGAUGUAUUGAUGCUGAAGGGAGCCUUUGAAAAUCUUCAAGAAGAUCAUAUCAAUGAAAUCGAAGACACGACGAUACUUCUUGAGAACCUCAGGCGUGAGAAAGUUUCGAUUCUAACUACGCUUGCAGAAGCAAAGAAGGAGGCACAUAACGAGACACAAAGAAAUAAAGUGCAAUUGGACAGUCUGAAAAGAACUUUUGAAAAACUGAAUUCAGAGAAGUUAACAGAUGAGGGUUGCAUAAGAAUUUUAGAGAAUAGGGUGGAGGAUCUCGUUGCUGAGACAAAAAUGCAUCAGAGAGAAUCAAAUGGGUGGCGAUCCAAGGCAGAAUCUCUCAAUUCCAAACUACAAGCAAUAUCAAAGAAAUAUAGCGAGAGCGAGGCUGAAAUCACAAGCCUAUAUCAGAUGAACAAGUCUCUACGCAAACAUCUAAACAGAAGUGAAGAAAUGGUUUUGUCUUUGAACAAACAACAAAAGGUUCAAGAAUCUGAAUUGAAAAGUAAGGCGAUUGUGAUCACAAAAGUGGAGGAAGAGAAAGAAAAUGCACUCUGGGAAUUAAACGAGGCAAAAAUCCAACUGGAAGCUACUGAUACUGAACUUAGGCAAAAGGUUGAGAUGCUAGAAAUGGAGAAAAAUCGUUUAUGGAACGAUAGGUGUAUUGCUGAAGCUGCGAUGGUGGGACUUCGUCGGCAAAGCGUGACAAAUCGACAAAUCUUCUCUUGGAAGGAUAAAGACGCUCCUAGCAUCGCCAUUGGUGUAGAAGGCUCGUACACGCCUUCAUGGACGAAUUCAAUCGAAAGAACAAAGCCAGAAGAGCAAGAACUGCGUUCUCAGAAACAAACAGCGCCACCGAAUCUUGAUUUCAAAAAUGGUGACAGCAGCUGCGCAGGAAUUGCACCAAGUCGGGAUGCGCCUUGUGACGAGGGCACUCUUCAUAACAACGAAUUAUUACUGGCGAGGGCCCUGGAGACUUCAAGUAAACCCCCACUCAAUCUCAAAGGAAACAAACGAAUGAUGGGAGCCAGGCUUCUUUCGCGUGUAGUCGAACAGAAAACGAGGAUGGGAGUAGCAGGCGCGUUCCGAAAGUGGUCCUGUGCAAACAACGCUAUGAAAGCAACGUCGCAGCUUCACAAAACGUCAAAAGAGUUAUCGCAGCAAUUACAUUGCACAAGAGAGAAGCUUCUUGUACUAAAGUCACACAUCAAGUCGGCUUCCAUUCAACAAAAGGACAGCGAACCUCGCUUGCGCAAGGUCCUAAUACCUCUCACUGAUCGACAACGUCUGACUUAUCAUGGCGAGACAAUGAAGCUAUAA